AUGUAUCGUUUCGUGAUCUUAUUUGCUCUCUUCAGUUUCGCUUACAGCCGCCAACACUGUCACGACGAUCCCGCUUGCAAGGCCACAAGACGUUUAAACAACAAGAACAACAACUACUACGGAAGAGUAUUCGACAAAGUUUCCCGCAGUUUCAUCACUUCUGACACAGAAAUCCAGCAAGCCUGCAAUGUAAGUACGAGCAACCUAGUCAGUCAAGUGUUCGGUUUAAAUAACUACGUUCUUAAAUACAAAAUACCGACUUUCGAAGAAGAUGAAUUAUCGAUCGUAAUCAGACAUAAAGUAAUGUAUCUGAGAGCUCAAAAAGAAAAUGGUCUCAGUUUUAGAGAUGUCAGGGUUCUGCCGGAUAUUGUGAAGACUCAAGACGCGAAAUGGUUUACGGAGAACGACGCACUACAUAUUUCAUUCCCGUACAAAACUCCACUUCAAGUGGAAACAACAACAACCUGUGACAUUAAUAUCAUUGAUUAUGCUAUAUAUGUACCAAAAUUGACGAUGGAUUUGAAUGAACCGCAAAGUGGAAAUAUCAAACCAACAUAA